AUGAAUGAGGAUGACGUGCACAAGUGCGGGCGCUGCCAGUCGGAGUUCAGCUCCCUGCAGGAAUUCGUGCAGCACAAGCUGCAGAAGGGCUGCCAGCGCCCUCCCGACGCGCUCGCCGGGCUCCUCGGCCAGGAAGGACAAAAGGUGGUUCCUGCUGUCGAGGAGUCCAUAACUGUUGCUCACAUUGUUGUUGAAGCAUCUUCCAUAGCGGAGGAGAUCAGCAACGCCUCGGCCAUCGUAGGCAGUGGGCACAUCAAAGAGGUCAUUGUAGCAGGAGACCAUGUGUUUGAGAACCCCAAUGGCCACGUGGAUGGGGAGGUCAGUGAGGAGCAGGGCAGCCCCGAGGAGCAGGAGCAGGACAUUUCCACCGAGCUGAUCAAGGUGAAGCUGCAGGUGAACAAGGAAGGGCGAUACGUGUGUGAGCUGUGCCAGAAGACAUUUAAAACUGCCAGCAUCCUCAAAGCUCACAUGAUCACUCACAGCAGCAGGAAGGACUAUGAGUGUAAACUCUGUGGGACUUCCUUUAGGACAAAGGGGUCUCUGAUCCGACACCAUCGGCGGCACACGGAUGAAAGACCUUACAAAUGCAAGAAAUGUGGGAAAAGCUUCCGGGAAUCAGGAGCUUUGACUCGGCACCUUAAAUCUCUGACACCUUGCACUGAAAAAAUCCGCUUCAACAUGACCAAAGAAAUAGUUGUCAACAAAGAUGAUCUGCCUUCAGGAUCCUGCAGCUCCAACACAGACACAGUGUCCUCGAUAGCGAGCGAGUCCAUCGAGGCCUCCCCUGUCAUCCACCUCGUGACAGAUGCAAAAGGCAACGUGCUCCAUGAAGUCCAUGUCCAGAUGCAGGAACUUCCUGUGGUGGAUGCAAAACCCCUGGAGCCAGAUCAGCCACAUCCUGAGGAGCUGCCCUGUGAGGGGGAUGUGAACAGUGAGAACCUGCUGAGGCAGGCCAUGAGGAAUUCGGGAAUUGUCAUCGAGAGAGUGGCUGUGGAGGAGGUGCAGAAGCUGGAUGAACCUGCGGCAGCUGCUCCAGAAGAGCUGGAAAACAAAGGGGUGGAAGUAGAAGAGGAGCCAUGUGAGGAGCAGUGUGCUAAACUGGAAGGAGCAGAGUCUACACCUGCAGAAAGAACCAACGGGUACAAACGUUACAAUUGCUCUCACUGUAAUGAAGCCUUCAGUGAAGCUGCUGCCCUGGAAACUCACAGCAAGAGUCACACAGAAUACAAACCUUUCAAGUGUGAGGAGUGUGGCAAGGAGUUCACCAAGGGCUACCUGCUGAAGAAGCACCAGGAGGUGCACGUGAACGAGCGGCGGUUCCGCUGCGGGGAGUGCGGGAAGCUCUACAAGACCAUUGCCCACGUCAAGGGGCACCGGCGCGUGCACUCGGACGAGCGGCCCUACGCCUGCCCCAAGUGCGGCAAGCGCUACAAGACCAAGAACGCCCAGCAGGUGCAUUUCCGUACGCACCUGGAGGACAAGCCCUACGUGUGCCAGUUCUGCAGCCGGGGGUUCCGGGAGAAGGGCUCCCUGGUGCGCCACAUCCGCCACCACACCGGCGAAAAACCCUUCAAGUGCUACAAGUGCGGGCGCGGCUUCGCCGAGCACGGCACCCUCAACAGGCACCUCAAAACCAAAGGUGGCUGCCUCCUUGCCAUGAAAGAUGUGGAAGAAGUGAUAGUAUCAGAGGAGAGUCAGUCUGCUGACAACUUGGCAGCCACGGUCCUUUCGGAAGAUCCGCACACGGUUCUGGUGGAGUUCUCCUCGGUGGUGGCAGACACCCAGGAAUACAUCAUCGAGACUUCUACUGAAGACAUGGAGACCAGUGAAGCUACUGAAAUAAUAGAGGGAACAAGACAUGAGGUCGACAGCCACAUCAUGAAGGUGGUGCAGCAGAUCGUGAACCAGGCCAACUCGGGCCACCAGAUCAUCGUGCAGAACGUCACCGUGGCCGAGGGCGCCGCGGCCGCCGACGCCGCCGACACCAUCACCAUCGCCACGCCCGAGAGCCUCACCGAGCAGGUGGCCAUGACCCUGGCCUCGGCCAUCGGCGACGGCGCCGUGCUGGCCGCCGAGGGCGGGCUGGCCGCGCAGGAGGCCACCGUCACCAUGGUGGCGUCCGAGGACAUCGAGAUCAUGGAGCACGCGGGGGAGUUCGUCAUCGCCGCGCAGGAGGGCGAGCUGGAGGUGCAGACCGUCAUCGUCUGAGGGACGGCAGCUGCACGGCUCCGGCCGCUCCAGGCGGGGGCUGGCCUGGGCUCGGGGGCUGCCCAGAGAGCGAGGGGAACCUUCUGGAGGGAAGUGGCUUCGUGGGAUAGUGCGGGCCCAGAAUGGGACAGGACAGGCCUAAAGCAGGAUAGUGCGGGCCCAGAAUGGGACAGGACAGGCCUAAAGCAGGAUAGUGCGGGCCCAGAAUGGGACAGGACAGGCCUAAAGCAGGAUAGUGCGGGCCCAGAAUGGGACAGGACAGGCCUAAAGCAGGAUAGUGCGGGCCCAGAAUGGGACAGGACAGGCCUAAAGCAGGAUAGUGCGGGCCCAGAAUGGGACAGGACAGGCCUAAAGCAGGAUAGUGCGGGCCCAGAAUGGGACAGGACAGGCCUAAAGCAGGAUAGUGCGGGCCCAGAAUGGGACAGGACAGGCCUGAAACGGGAUAGUGUGGGCCCAGAAUGGGACAGGGCCAAAAC